UUCCUUCCUUCCUUCCUUCCUUCCUUCCUUCCUUCCUUCCUUCCUUCCUUCCUUCUCUCUUCUUUUGAUGGUGUGCUUAAUGAUAAAUGCAGAAGGCAAAAUCAGGUGACCAAGUUCCUAGGCCUGAGUGUUUUCAAGCCUUGGGUCCUCAAGAGGGAAGCGAAAUAGGCCAUCUAAGAUUUCCCGCAGCGGGGGGGGGGAAGCCCAGCACCCUCCCCACAAACGGAGGCUGCCCUGGGAAGCCUUGGGCCCCAGCCCUGCCAGUGGGGGGGGGCCUUAAUUGCCUCCUCCUUUGUCUUCCACUGCCUGCCUGGCCCUGCUCAGCUCAGCCUGCCUGCGGUGGGUUUUGGGGGGGGUGGGGGUGUUUGGUCCUGGGAAACUUAAUUGGCCUCCUCCCUGGGGGGGGGGGCUUUCCAGGGCAGAGCAGAAGAAGGGAAGCUGGUUUUUCCUUUGAGCCAAGUCUUUCCUCUCUGGGGUGGUGAGGCUGACGCCUCUCCUGCCUGGCCUCAGAGGCCACUCGGGAUCCCCCCUUCCCCAUGGCGUCUUUUGAGAGAGUCACCUCCCCACGAAUGCAGAAAAAACUGACCGGCUGGCUUUCUGCAGGGGAGGGAGAGGCCAGAAUGGCCCCGGGUGGCCCUUCCAAGGUGGGGCCGUGUUUACUGCAGUCUGGAUGCAUCACUGUUGCUUUAAACUGUUUUUUUAGGUGGCUUUUUAAAGUGUGGCCAAAGGAGGAAAUGGAAGCGUCCAAAGAGCGCCUUGGCUGGCCACGUGCCAGGCCUGGGCGGCUAUAUUUCCCUGACCCAUGGGUGGCAGGAGGUCACGGCUCCUGCCCUUUGGCUGCUGGAGCAGGAAGGGAGGAAGGGGUGGGCUGGCACUUCUCCCUGGCAGCUGCCAACGCUCUUCUCGGUCUCGGCUGCUGAGUGGCAGCAUGGCUGGUCUCCUUGCCCCGAGGGGCCGAGGCUUGCUCCGGGCCUCGUGCCUGGGCAUCCCGCACCUGGCCCCGGCUCUGCGCUCCUGCUGCAGCCAGACCCACCCGGCCCCCCACCAGGGCAUCGCCUGCCGGACUCCUGGGGACUCCUUCCUGCACGGCCCCCGGGGCAGGAGGCUGCCCUGCCCUCGCUGGGCAUCAGGCUCCGCCUUCAACGUGCCCCCCAGCGCCAAGGACACGGCCAGGACGGUGGGCAUCGGCUCCAUGUUCAAGCUGCCCAUGCAGGAUUCGGCCGAAGGGCUGGACGUGGCCUUUGUGGGCGUCCCUCUUGACAUCGGCACCUCCAACCGCCCCGGGGCCAGGUUUGGCCCUCUCCACCUCCGUGCUGAGUCGGUCAUGGUGCGCCGUUUCAACCCCGGCACCGGGGCGGACCCCUACCAUUCACUUCAGGUGGCCGACAUUGGGGACGUGGACAUCAACCUCUACGACCUGAAGGACAGCUGCAGGAGAAUCCGGGAAGCCUAUCGGAGGAUCGUGGAGGGGGGCUGCAUCCCCCUCACGCUGGGCGGAGACCACACGAUAACCUACCCCAUCCUGCAGGCCUUGGCAGAGAAGCACGGCCCGGUGGCACUGAUCCACGUGGACGCCCACCCCGACACAGGUGACCAAGCGCUGGGGGAGCGGAUCUACCACGGCACCCCUUUCCGGCGUUGUGUGGAGGAGGGGCUUCUGGACCGCCGGCGGGUCAUUCAGAUUGGGAUCCGGGGCUCUUCCUACUCCCCGGAUCCAUACAGGUUUUCCUGGGAUCAGGGCUUCCGGGUGGUGCUGGCGGAAGACUGCUGGAUGAAGUCGCUGGCCCCCCUGAUGGCCGAGGUGAGGGCGCAGGUGGGCGACCGGCCCCUCUACCUCAGCUUUGACAUCGACGCCCUGGACCCGGCCUUCGCUCCCGGCACGGGGACCCCCGAGACGGCAGGCCUCACCCCGGCCCAGGCCCUGGAGAUCAUCCGAGGCUGCCAAGGGCUGCGUGUCGUGGGGGCAGACCUGGUGGAAGUGGCUCCCGUGUACGAUCUUUCUGGCAUCACGGCCCUCCUGGGCGCAAACCUCCUCUUUGAGAUGCUGUGCGCCCUCCCUGGGGUGAAGAGGAGCCCCCUCCCCAAAAACUGCGACUCCACGCUCUGAGAAUAAAAGGGUGUCCCCCUCCCCCCGCCUCUGGGAUCCCAGCUUUGCAACAUCUGCAGCAGGCACCCUUGGAAAUCACGCAGGAUCGACACACACCCCCCCGAUUCUCUUCCGGUUUUGGAACAAGAAGUAGCUAGCCCUCAUUGCUGCAGUAUUGGCAGGAGGCUGGCUCCUGAAAACGCAUCAGCCAAGUCCCUAGAAGGAGGGCAUUUGUUGAGAGGAAGAUUGGAACCCAGAUCCCUGGAAAAGAGCCUGUUGUCCUUUAGAUUUCCCCCUCCUCGCGCUAAUUGACAUUAAGGCUGCACCGUCUUGUGGCCAGACAUUAAAAUAGGUUUAUUUCAGCUUCAAA